AUGGGACAAGCAAAUUUUGAGUCAGAUAUUAGAAUAGAGGUUAAUUCCGUAACAAGUACUAAUUUUGAGAUGGAUGAAGCACCAAAUGAUGUCAACAUGGAUUUAGACGAACACCAAAACAUAAAUCUCACGGCUGCCGCUGCAAGACAGGCAUAUGACGCUGUCAGCUCAUUCGCACCUUUUGUGCCAUAUGUAGAAUCUAUUUUCGGUGUGAUCACAGAGAUCAUAAAUAUUUACGACAAUGUCGAAUACAACAAAAAAACAUGCCGUGUUCUGGUGGAUCGCGUUGAAACUGUGAAAAUAGUUAUUCGCAAGUUGAUUCGUCGUAAGGAUGAAGAAGAAUUGUUCCGCGAUCAAGAUUAUUACCAUGCCUUUAUUCGUCUUGAUAAUGUAUUGAAGAAUAUCAAAAGGUUUGUUCGUGAGGUGUCGCAGUACAAGAAUUUGCGUAGAGUCCUUCUUGCAAGAAAUAUUCAGGAAGAAAGCCAGGAUCUCAUGAGGAAAUUAGAAAACGCUUGCAGUGAUUUGAAAUUUGGUAUCAUUAUUUCAAUAGAGGAAAGGCAAAAGGAGCAAGCGAGUAUAAAAGAGGAUUUUGAUAAUAUGAAAAAUAUGAUGAGCUCGUGGGAUGAUAAACUCAACUUGCUUAUUGCACAAAUAUCGGAAAUGACGCAAACUGAACGCGGGUUAAAGGUAGAUUUUGUGGAUCCGAACAGAUUGUCCCAAAGAGUUAUGGGAAAUCGAGGGAGAAUAGUUAAAAGGAUUUUAGAUCAGUUUAUGCCGGUGGCGUGUAAACCAGUGGUGAUUGGAAGGGAUGAACAGAAUUCACAAAAAUUCAAAAAUAAGCUGGCCAUCUUGGGAAAAUUGCACGCGUCACCGAAAAUCAUUAGAUUCUACGGACUUUCGACUUACGACGGUAUUAACUACAUGAUCUUCGAAUGGGCCGAACUUGGAAAUCUGAAAAAUUAUUAUCAAACCGAAUACAUCUCUCCGGAGAAGAAGCUUCAAUUUGCAACAAAUAUUGCCGAGGGUCUUAGAUUUUUGCAAGUAUGCGGUAUCUAUCAUCACGACGUGCGUUGUGAAAAUAUUAUGAUCACGAGAGAGGAUAAUAUACACACCACUGCAAAACUCGCAAAUUUCGACAUCAGUCGAGAGAUUAGUAAGGAAACGACGAUGAUAAGUGAUAUCUCGGAGUUGGUUCGUUGGAUGGCCCCCGAAAAAUUGGCCAACGGGGGUGAACCGAGUCGGAAUAAUUACACAUACCCCUGUGAAGUGUUUAGCUUUGGAAUGCUUCUAUGGGAACUUUUACUUCAAAAACUUCCGUACGAGAAAAUGAGAAUGGAUGAAAUUUGCAAACACAUCAAAGAAGGGAAACGUGAAUUUCUAAAUUUCCCACUUACCCUUGCCCCCACGGACAUGCUAAAUUGCUUCAAGCAAAUCAUCAAAAAAGCGUGGGCACAGGAUCCGAACGAUCGACCAACAAUCAUCGAAUUACAUACGCAACUUCAAAAUUUGCUCUCUUCUCGUUCUCCUGGAAUAGCGCCAAAAACCGACUAUGUUCCAUACUUUGAAGCUCCGAACAAUUACGCGCAUAAAAAUUACUGCAAUGAUUUUGAUGAACACGUAAACCUUGUCGUGGAUGAUACUGCAUCCAUUGAAAUAAUAAUUCCUCUUGAAGAAGGUCUUAGACUUCACAAGGAAAGCAGAGGAUGUGAGAAGGCGUGGAAAUGUUUCGAAAAACAUGCUUCUCUUGGUGAUCCCCUCGCUAUUUAUUGGAAAGGAUACUACUUGCACGAAGGAUAUUAUGUGGAAAAGAAUUUCGAUGAAGCUACCAAGCUUUUUAAAGAGGCCGCCGAUAUGGGCUUGGCAGACGCACAAUUGCGUUAUGCAUUUAGCUUACUGGAAAUGAGGAACCCUUAUAAUUAUCCCGAGGUUAUGUCAUACCUUGAGAAGGCAAGACUGCAAGAAAAUCCAACGGCGUUAUAUCAUCUUGGUGACAUUUAUUACAAUGGAAAGCUGGACAUUGAGAAAGAUGAGACCAAAGGGUUGGAAUACCUAAAACUCGCUGCUAUAAAGAAACAGCCAAAAGCCAUGGAAUUUUUUGCAAAAAACAAAUUGGAAUUUUUGGAAUAA